AUGUCCUACAAUCAUCAGCAGUCAGACUCCAUCUCCAACGCCAUGUAUCCCGCCGAUUCUUCCUACACACCAGGCGGCGGCGCUCAAAACCGCCAAUCCACAAACUCCCUCGCCAAUGCCCUGUAUCCCGUCGACUCCGGAUACACACCCGGCGGCCAAAAUCACCACCCAUCAGACUCCCUCGCCAAUGCCGCCUACCCCCAAGACUCUGCCUACCGCCCCGCUGCCCCGACAUCCCACCCAGACGACAAGCUCGCCAUGCCUCAAGCACGCUACUCCCAGUCUUACAACACCGCAGCCAUGACAGGGCCCGGGGCUGCCAGUCGCCAAGCUCCCACAACAGCAUACCCUCAGUACCCGCCCGCCACACAACAACCGCAGGCCUGGACCCCGACGCACGAUCCGUACUCCCCUGCCGUGACCCCGUGGAGCCCCGAUGGCAUGUCCGCCGCGAACCCGAACCUGCCGCCACCGCCGCCGUACGACCCCUCGAGGCCCGGGACAGGAGCGACUGGCACAAGUACGCCGAGGGACCCAACUUCGCCAAACCCGAGUGAGAGCGCACUUCUUGGGCAGCAGCAACAGCAGGCGGUUGGACAGCAACGUGGGGUGCCUGCUCAAUCUCAGAGCAUUUACACAGCUUCGCCGCAAGUCCAGCAACAACAACAGCAAGCACCAGCACCCGCAGCACCGCACAUUGCAGACCCAGAAGGACAAGAUGGACAGCAGCCGAGGGCGUACUUGCAAUCAAUGACGGGUGGCAUGCCUGCUUACGGUAACAGCCCGGGCGGUCUGGGGCCGGUUGCCAAGGCGCGCAAGAAGAAGAAGCAGAAGCUCGCCAUCCUCGCCGCAGUUCUCUGUGCCAUAUUGCUGCUCCUGAUCGGUUUGAUUGUGGGCGUGUUGGUUGGCAUCGUCAAUCGCAAGGAUGACAAGCCACCCCCACCAGGACCGACCGGGCCCAGGAUGAUGUAA